GCGCUCGGGCGGAAGUGCUUGUGGGCUGCGAGGGCGGAAGCGGGGCGCUGGGCCUCUGCGGCCGGUGACGCCGCCGGGCGGUGUGUGGCGGCGGCCGCGAGACCACGCGGAGGAGGACCCGGCCGGGGACGCGACGGGGCCCGGGUCCGAGCGCUGGUCCUCACCCAGGGACCCGCCCCUGCCCGCCGCGAGAAAGCAGCCCCCUCCUUGCAGGAUGGACGAGGAGAGCCUGCAGACCGCCCUCCGCACCUACGACGCGCAGCUACAGCAGGUGGAGCUGGCCCUGGGCGCCGGCCUGGAUCCCUCCGAGCUGGCGGACCUGCGCCAGCUGCAGGGGGACCUGAAGGAGCUGAUCCAGCUCACCGAGGCCAGCCUGGUGUCUGUCAGGAAGAGCAAGCUGCUGGCCACACUGGAUGGAGAGCGCCCAGCCCGGGAAGAUGCUGAUUGCUUGGCUUUCCAGAAGGCCGUUGCUGAGGGAGCCGAGGUGCCAGGAGCCCCUGGGGCAGAGCUGGAGACUGUUCCUAAGGCAGAGACUGGGCCUGGACCCACCGAGCCUGAGCUGGAGGAGGAAGAGGGGGAGGACGAGGAGGACGGGGCAGAGCUGAGCGGGAGGAAGGUGAACGCCCCCUACUACAGUUCAUGGGGCACCCUGGAGUAUCACAACGCUAUGAUCGUGGGCACCGAAGAGGCAGACGACGGCUCCCCUGGCGUCCGGGUGCUCUAUCUCUACCCCACGCACAAGUCCCUGAAGCCCUGCCCCUUCUUCCUGGAGGGGAAGUGCCGCUUCAAGGAGAACUGCAGGUUCUCCCAUGGGCAGGUGGUCUCUGUGGAGGAGCUGCGCCCCUUCCAAGACCCAGACCUGAGCUCUCUGCAGGCCGGCUCUGCCUGUCUGGCCAAGCAGCAGGACGGCCUCUGGUACCCAGCGCGGAUCACUGAUGUGGAUAGCGGCUACUACACAGUCAAGUUUGACUCUCUGCUGUUGAAGGAGACCGUGGUGGAGGGGGACAGCAUCCUGCCCCCACUGCGCACGGAGUCCACAGGGUCCUCUGACUCAGACAGCAGCGAUGCAGACGACCCCAGCUAUGCUAGAGUGGUGGAACCCAGCGCUGCUGACCCCGGGACCUGCAGCUCCGCCUUCGCUGGCUGGGAGGUGCACACACGAGGCAUUGGCUCCAGACUCCUCGCCAAGAUGGGCUAUGAGUUUGGCAAGGGUCUGGGCCGACACUCGGAGGGCCGGGUGGAGCCCAUCCAUGCCGUGGUGCUGCCGCGAGGGAAGUCGCUGGACCAGUGUGCAGAGAUCCUGCAGAGGAGGACCCGGGCCAGCAAGGCCGGCACCAGCAGGCCCCCAAAAUGCCGGGGGAGAGGGGUUGGACCUGGGGGCCGCCCACCCCCUCGGAGCGUGUUCGACUUCCUGAAUGAGAAGCUGCGGGGCAGGGCCCCCGGGGCCCUGGAGGCGGGGGCCGCGCCCGCAGGGAGGAGGAGCGGCAAAGAGGUGUACCACGCCAGCAAGAGCACCAAGCGGGCCCUGAGCCUGCGGCUCCUCCAGACCGAGGAGAAGAUUGAGCAGACCCAGCGAGUCAUCCGGGGUAUCCAGGAGGCCCUCGCCCGCAACACCGGCCGGCACAGCGUGACGGAGGCCCAGCUGCAGGAGAAGUUGGCAGGCGCCCAGCGGCAGCUGGGGCAGCUCCAGGCCCAGGAGGCAGGCCUGCAGCGGGAACAGAGGAAGGCAGACACCCACAAGAAGAUGACCGAGUUCUAGGGUUCCCACGCGCCACGCGCGCAGAGCCUAGGGGCCCUGGCCCCACUGCCCUCUGCAAGACCAGCCGUCACCCAGCGACUCAGACGCCACCAGCAGAGGGGCCAGUCCAGCCCAGGCUAGACCCCACGGCUGGCCUUCCUGCCAGCCCAGGGCGCAUGGACACUGCUGAGGGGCGCUGGGGCUGGGGGCACUUCUCAACACGAGCUUGCCCCUGAGCCCACCUGCCAGUGUCUUCAGGAGUCCGCUCACUCAGGAUGGACAUUAAAGUGAUGUUGUUGCAGUGUCUCACUGGAA